UAAAGAGUUUGGCGCGAACUGAAUCUGACUGCGUGUUAAGUUUUGGUUUAAUGUUCCUGAUGAACAGCAUCUCCGUAGAUCAAGCAGUCAAACUUUGUGCGGCAUUUCUUUAAAACUAUAAAUUGGUCUUGUAGAUUAGUUGCUUGCAACUUGUGUUCUUCUUUCAGGUGUUUACCAAUAGCAGAAUGUUUAUGUUUGGCGAUGCGUUGAAAGAUAUGUCGGGAUGUACAUCCAACAUAUAAGCCACACUUGUCACGUUAUAAAUGGUUCAGUUCGCGUCUUAUUUAAUCCGCGGUUGUAACUGCAAUUGUCAACCAUUUCACCUGUAAAUAUGGAUCCGGAAUCGUCUUACUAGAGUAUGUUGCGUCCGCAGAUGAUGUUCACAUAAAAUAUUUUCAUCGCCGACAACCGCCGACAACUGCCAGCUUGCCUGUGAAGUUGAACUCGGCUCAACUUCGCAGGCAAGCCGGCGGUCAAUGCCUGGGACAGAUUAUGAUUCGGCAAUAAAUGUACACGUAUGCCGUAACGGUGUCCCAGGUAUGUCGGCGGCAUAUGAGAACCAGGCUUAACCGCGCGCUUGCGAUGUUGGCAAAGAUGGCUUCCGUCACGGAAUAUUUCAGCUUUGGAAAUAUACUUCUUGUCAUACUGAUGGCGUUCAUGGCGUACCAGAUGAUCGAGUUGUACCAGUUCAGAGAUAUGCCGCCUGGCCCACGAUUCACCAAUCUCCCGCUGAUCGGAAACCUUUUCAGUUUCAACUUUGAUGGCGAGAUCUUUCAAGAUGUAGUUGCAAGCCUGAGAAGUAAAUACGGACGACUAUUCUCCCUGAAACUCGGAAGCUACAAGCUUGUUGUCGCUGGCUCAUCGGGGGCCGUCAGGGAGGUUUUGGUAACGAGAUCAGCCAAAUUCUGUGGUAGACCUAAGACACACGCCUUGGAAGUGUUGAGCAAAGGUUACAAGGACGUAGCUUUCAGCGAUGGUUGGACUUGGAAAUACCACAAACGUAUUCUGGUCUCUACUUUAAGGCAACACCUCACCAACACACCUUUAAUCGAGGAACGCGUGACUCAAGCAGCUGGAAAACUGUUGCAGUUGUUUGACGAACAAGAAGAGAAUAGUUUUGAUCCCGCUCAACUCUUGAAUCAGAGUAUCGUAGAAGUAUUAGGAAGAAUAAUAUUCGGCAAUUACUGGGAUAUUACCAACCCUAACAUUGACAAAUAG